CCCCUAACUCUCCUUUCUCUGACACAUCCAGGAUCACCACCCCUAACUCUCCUUUCUCUGACACAUCCAGGAUCACCACCCCUAACUCUCCUUUCUCUGACACAUAAAAAUAGUACUGCCCACUCUCAAGUGUUUUCUAUCUGCCACUGCUUCCCUGGUCAGUUCUCUAGCUACUCAUUUCCCUCUGUCACGCUCUCCCUUUUCCCCUCAUUUCCUUCAAUUCCCCUGUCUUUCUGUCCCUGCCACUCUCCAUUUCCCUCUUUCCUGGCCUUCCUCUCUCUCCCGGUCUCCCUCCUCUGGACAGGAAGAGGGCUCCUUAGUGGGUGUUAUUUUUGGAGCCCUGUCUAUCAAAGCAGGGAUCAGGGGGAGAUUUGGGAGCCUUUUGUGCCUUUUCCUCUCGCCCUCGGUCGCAGGAUAUCAGUGUUUCACACCAAUUGGCCGGUGAAUAAACAACGUAGUCGUGGUUACGGCCAAUCCCGCUCAUCUUACACCGCUAAAGUACCACCUGGCUGUCAGUCAGACAAUGCUCCCGGUAACCACUCUUACAUAAUCAGAGUUGUGGGAAAAAGGAGAGCAUACCGAAAUGAGUGCUUCCGUUCUUGUGAAUCGCUCGAUUAAGUUGCUAAAAGACAGGAUGUGUUUAAAUAUUUCCCAAAAUGUUUAGCUGGAUAUUAUUUGGUAGAGGUACUUAAGCCUUUACACCUGUGGGAAACUCAAUCGAAAUGUUUCUUACAGAAGAAAUAUGAAAAGCAUAUUAGAAAUUGAAAGGGAACACUUUGGAGAAAAUGAUUAGACCAAAGUUGAGGACACAACAGUUUACCUGACAGAAGACUGAACCAAUCAAUUACACCGUUGAUUUUAUGUGCAUUUUACUGUACUUUUCACGGCAUUUGUUGAUAACCAAAUCUGAAAAUACUCUGCAUACAUUCAGCAACAUGAUACGACUAUUCCUGGGAAACGUGGGGUAGGUGCAACAUAAGACAACAACAUCACAAGGGUUUGAGUGAGAGGAUUAACUGGUGUCUCCAAGUGGCCACACACCUCUCCAAACUGUGCACAGUUCCUAAGUAAUUAAGUCUUCAACUAAAAGUAUAUAUAUAUAUAUAUUUUUAACUCUCCAAGCUGUGCCAUUGAGGGACUAAAGCAAGGAGGCUAGUUGUUUUGUUUGGAACACAACCCUGCAUCGCCGCCCUCGCACAAUUACUGGUAUUUACGCAAUCCAAAAACUGAGUCAGACGGGCAUCAUUUGAAAGCUUGUUCUAUUGCCAACAUGAAUAGUUAAGUUAUAAAAUACAAUCUUAACAUUUGUAGGCUUUCACAGGGCAAGUCAGAGAAACAGAUCGUAAUGCUGGCGUGCAUAGAAAGGUGUCAUUCAGGUGCGUGUUUCGUGGCAAAUCUUCUCCACAAUAGACAAACGGGCUCAUUCUGUUCAGAACAACCAAGGGAUUUGACGCCGUGGAACUGCACAUCAAACACAGUGAUCAUCAACGUGGACACUGUAUAUGACACACAGUUGAAAUAGGAAGUUUACAUACACUUAGGUUGGAAUCAUUAAAACUUGUUUUUCAACCACUCCACAAAUUUCUUGUUUACAAACUAUAGUUUUGGCAAGUCAGUUAGGACAUCUACUUUGUGCAUGACAAAGUCAUUUUUCCAACAAUUGUUUACAGACAGAUUAUUUCACUUAUAAUUCACUGUAUCACAAUUCCAGUGGGCCAGAAGUUGACAUACAGUAAGUUGACUGUGAAUUUAAACAGCAGAAAAUGAUGUCAUGGUUUUAGAACAUGUGUCUAUGUUCUUCCUUCUAUAAUUUGGGAUUUCUGUGUUUGUCCUGGUAUGGUUCUCAAUCAGAGGCAGCUGUCAAUCGUUGUCCCUGAUUGAAAACCAUACUGAGGUUGCCUGGUUUCACCUUUGAGUUGUGGGUGAUUGUUUCCUGUGCCUGUACCACACGGGACUGUUUCGAUUUUUGUUUGUUCGUUCACAGUGUUAUUUUGUAUUUUUGUAGUGUUCAGUUUUAUAUAUUUUUCCGUUUUCCGUGAUAUAUACAAAAUGUAACAUUGGUACGCAAAACUGAAUACAUUUAAACUCUAUCUGACAUGGUACAGAUGUCUUCUUUUGUUUAAGCCCAGGACCAUGUGUCUGAAGUGUAUACUUUUGUUUCAAAGUAGAUUUGUUUAGGACUACCAAGAAACACUCUGUGUGGCCCUGACUUAACCCACUGCAGUAAAAGGUUAAGGACUUCUGAGAAAGUUGUGAAUUCUUUGGCAAUGAACAGUUGAAAGUUGAAGAAUGUUCAUAGUACUGAGUGACUACUGUAGUGUAUUUGUGUAACUCGCUCCAACAAAAAGCUCCUGAAUCAGCCAGAUCACUGUGCGUUGCUAUUUUUCAAACUGCCGGUAAGAGAAUAAAGCCGUUUCGUUUUACUUAGCGCCUACUCUUUGAUAAUACUGGUUAUGUUUAAACUAAAACGGCAUUCUUUGUGUUUUUCAAGUAUUUUUUUCAAGGAAAGCGAAUAGAGAUUCUCAGACCAUUGAGAGCAGCUGGAGCACUCGGGGUUUGAAGAACCAAGUGUGAUGGGCGCUUCCACUUGGAACAGCUCAGACCUGUUUCUUCGUCUGGAGGCUCCUAUGAACAACAUCACCACGUCUCUGGGCCAGACGGCGGAGCUGCUGUGCCGUGUGUCCGGUAACCCCCUUCCCACGGUGCGCUGGCUUAAGAACGACGCUCCCGUGGUCCAAGAGCCUCGUCGGAUCUCCUACCGGCCCACGACCUACGGAUCGCGCCUCCGCAUCCGUAACUUGGACACCACAGACACCGGCUACUUCCAGUGUGUGGCCACCAACAGCUACGGCACCGUCUCCACCACCGGAGUACUCUUCGUCAAGUUUGAUCCACUCCUAACCCCUCUGCCAGGAAGACCCUCUGCGGAUGAUUUUGAUGAAGAGGGGUUUUGCCAGCCGUACAGGGGCGUAGCUUGUUCUCGCUUCAUAGGGAACCGCAGCAUCUUCGUCGACUCCCUGCAGAUGCAGGGCGAGAUCGAGACCCAGAUCACAGCCGCCUUCACCAUGAUCGGAACGUCCAGCCACCUGUCGGACCGCUGCUCCCAGUUCGCCAUCCCGUCACUGUGCCACUUUGCCUUCCCGACAUGUGACCGCAGCUCUGGGACAGACAAGCCCAGGGACCUGUGUAAGGACGAAUGCGAGAUCCUGGAGAAUGACCUGUGUAAGACCGAGUACAUCAUCGCCCGUUCCAACCCCAUCAUCCUGAAGAGACUGAAGCUGCCGAACUGUGAGGACCUGGCAGCACACGACAGCCCAGAGGCUGCGAUCUGUAUGAGGAUAGGAAUCCCCAUGGCCGAGCCCAUCAACAAGAACCACAAGUGUUUCAACGGCAGUGGCUCAGCCUACCGUGGGACGGUCAGUAAGACCAAGUCGGGUCGUCAGUGCCAGCCCUGGAACUCUCAGUACCCUCACAGCCACACCUACCUGGCGUUGCGCUACCCAGAGCUCAGCGGAGGCCACUCUUACUGCCGUAACCCCGGCAACACGCAGGAGGGACCAUGGUGUUUCACCCUGGACGAGGGAGUCCGUAUGGAGCUGUGCGACAUCCCCGUCUGCGAUUAUAAGGAGAACCGUGGGGGCAGUAACAUGGAGAUUCUUUACAUCCUGGUCCCGAGCGUAGCCAUCCCUCUGGCCAUUGCCCUCUUCUUCUUCAUCUGUGUGUGUCGUAACAACCAGAAGGCUGCCCGACCCCCGGCGCCCCGACAGCCCAAACCUGUCAGAGGACAGAAUGUUGAGAUGUCCAUGCUCACCAACUACAAACCCAAGAGUAAGACCAAGGAGCUCCCCCUCUCUGCAGUGCGGUUCAUGGAGGAGCUAGGUGAAUGUGCAUUUGGUAAGAUCUACAAGGGCCACCUGUACCUGCCUGGUAUGGAGCAAGCCCAGCUGGUUGCCAUCAAGACCCUGAAGGACUACUCCAGCCCUGGCCAGUGGGGUGAAUUCCAACAGGAAGCGUCUGUCAUGGCUGAGCUUCACCAUCCCAACGUGGUGUGUCUGCUGGGUGUAGUGACCCAGGAACAGCCUGUCUGCAUGCUGUUUGAGUUCCUGAACCAAGGGGACCUCCAUGAGUUCCUCAUCAUGCGCUCUCCUCACUCUGAUGUGGGCUGUAGUAGCGACGAGGACGGGACCGUCAAGUCCAGCCUGGACCACGGAGACUUCCUGCACCUGGCCUUACAGGUGGCUGCUGGGAUGGAGUACCUGGCCAGUCACUUCUUCGUCCAUAAGGACCUGGCAGCCCGUAACAUCCUGGUGGGAGAACAGCUCCACGUCAAGAUAUCUGACCUGGGCCUGUCCAGAGAGAUCUACACCUCAGACUACUACAGGGUCCAGCCCAACGCUUUAUUCCCUAUCCGCUGGAUGCCUCCAGAGUCCAUUGCCUAUGGGAAGUUCACGUCGGAGUCAGACAUCUGGGCGUUUGGUGUGGUGCUUUGGGAGAUCUUCAGCUACGGCCUGCAGCCCUACUACGGCUUCAGUAACCAGGAGGUCAUGGAGAUGGUGAGGAAACGUCAGCUGCUGCCCUGCCCAGAGGACUGCCCCCCCAGGGUCUUCGGCCUGAUGACAGAGUGCUGGCAGGAGGGCCCGACGAGAAGACCACGUUUCAAAGAUAUCCAUGGCCGUCUGAGGGCCUGGGAGGGGCUGUCAUCCCACGCUAGUUCUAGUACUCCAUCAGGAGGCGGGGGCAACGCCACAACUCAGACCACCUCGUUGAGCGCCAGUCCGGUCAGUAAUCUCAGCAACCCGCGCUAUACCGCCGCUGCAGGUUACCUCUACCCGGCCCAGGGGAUGCCUGCGCAAGGUCAUCCAGGCCACCAGAUGGCAGGCUGGACCCCUAUGACCCAUGGAGCGCCCAUGGCCCAGAACCAACACCAACGCUUCAUCCCUGUCAACGGGUACCCCAUCCCCCCAGGCUACGCUGCCUUCCCUGCGGCCCACUUUCAGGCCCAGGGCCCCCCCAGGGUGGUGCAGCACCUCCCCCCGCCCAAGAGCAGAUCUCCCAGCAGCGCUAGCGGCUCCACCAGCACCGGUCACGUGACAAGCGUGCCCUCCACGGGGUCCAAUCAGGAUGCGAACACGCCUCUGCUGUCACACUGCGUGGCAAUAUCCGCCCUGCCAGGGGGCGGGACCAUGCAGGUGUACGGACACAUGUCCCAGAAGGCUUUGCAACAGAUGGACCCCUCACAGACGUCCGCGCUGCUGGCCGACGCCAACAGACUCAUGUAUAGUGAAUCAGUCAUCACUGCAGACCUGUAAAUACACUGCAUACCUGUACUAUAUAUCACCUGGUUGAUUUGAUGGUUUUUGUUUCUUUUUUUUUUUUGUAAGAAAGUUAUUAUAAUAAUUGUUUCAACUUUCUACUUUUACUUGUAAAUACAUGCACGUAAAUCCUGAAUGAACGAGAUGCAAAGAUUUAUAUUCAAAAGAGACAUCAAGCGUGUCCUGCCCCCUACUCUGAAACUCAAACUGCCUUGAUAGACUUUUUAGUGAUGCUACUCCGUUUGCCUGCCUGGACACCGGGAUUUCUAAGCUCAGAGUAGGUCAACAAUAACACACCUGUCAAUAUAAUGACUCUAUCACUCGGACAUCAUUGUGAAUAACCUCCCAUUGACGUCAAUAAAUCUUCCAAGACUCCCGUUGACGUCAGAAUGAUUUUGGCGGAAGUCCGAGCUGCACGGAGCCCUUCUGGUAGCUACAAUAUGUACUGCAGCAGGGUGUGUUGUUGCUUGGACUGGAGGGGCCCUGUACUGAAGGAGGGCGUGUUGUUGCUUGGACUGGAGGGGCCCUGUACUGAAGCAGGGUGUGUUGUUGCUUGGACUGGAGGGGCCCCGUACUGAAGCAGCGGGUGUCCCCGGUUGUGUCGUCAGUAGGGCUUUAUAUGCAGUUGAGCCUGUGUCAGCACAUCUGCCUGGCUGGCAUCCCUACAGUGCACCUCUCUCCUCCAGGAGGCUAAGCCCCCCUCUAGGGAUAUGUGAACUUCAAAGACUUCUGAUUUGACUUCAAAGCGGCCUGUGGAGAAGGGACGAGGCCCUACCUACGCAACGCUAUGCAAUGACAUAGCACUCAUACCCUCUGCUUCAAUCUCCACAGCUAUGUGCCUCCACAGAUGUGUGCCUCCACAGAUGUGUGCCUCCACAGAUGUGUGCCUCCACAGAUGUGUGCCUCCACAGAUGUGUGCCUCUACAGCUAUGUGCCUCUACAGAUGUGUGCCUCCACAGAUGUGUGCCUCCACAGAUGUGUGCCUCCACAGAUGUGUGCCUCUACAGCUAUGUGCCUCCACAGAUGUGUGCCUCCACAGAUGUGUGCCUCCACAGCUAUGUGCCUCCACAGAUGUGUGCCUCCACAGAUGUGUGCCUCCACAGAUGUGUGCCUCCACAGAUGUGUGCCUCCACAGAUGUGUGCCUCUACAGCUAUGUGCCUCCACAGAUGUGUGCCUCCACAGAUGUGUGGCUCCACAGAUGUGUGCCUCCACAGAUGUGUGCCUCCACAGAUGUGUGCCUCCACAGAUGUGUGCCUCCACAGAUGUGUGCCUCCACAGAUGUGUGCCUCCACUAGACACUCUCUCGUUCUCAAUACAGGGUUCUAUCAACUCAUAUGCAAUGAUAUACUGUAGCUACUAGGAACAAAUCAGAACAGUGUUUAAACCAGCCGUACUUCUCUCGCCAGUCUGUGUCCAUGUCUGUCCUCCUCUUUCUUAUCAUCUCAUAUCUGGUACAUUCAGCUAUGCAAUAUGGCUCUUACAUUGGCUAUGCAGACUUUGAUGGAUAAUCGUAUUGUCUUUUGAUGAUAUAUAGAAGUGGGACUAACAAAUGUAUGCCGAUCAUUACAACUUCUUUGUCAAAACAAUCCAUGAUAUAAAAAAGUAUGUUCUACUAUAGACUGAAUGAAUGAUAUAAGGCUUUUGAUAAAAUACGGGGGGGGUGAAUGAGAAAUCCUUCCACAUUUUAGCACACAGCUCACAGAAGCAGCUACAAUACAGUAUAUUUCACCUCCGUGGAAUGUGUUUGUUGCUAUGCAACUGUUUAGUUAAAAAGACGCACCCUUUGCCCGUACAGAAAGAGGACAAUCGUCGGUUUACCCUUGGUAGCACUUGCCUUCCAUGUUAACUUUGGUAUAAUACACAACUCUGUAAUGUUAAGUGCAUCCUUAUCUUUUAUCAAGGUACAAAGUCUACUAUCCUGACAUUUUCUGUGAUGUGUCAAUUAGUCCGAUACUGUCGAGAGGUACAAACCUGCUCUUUACGUGAAGGUUUUGGUUGGUUUAAAUUCCACAUAUCUUUUAUUUUUUUCUAAAACAGGUUUUACCUUCCUAGGUAUCUGGAGUUUUAUACAGGUAUCUUUUGAUAAAUGUAUAUGAAUUUACGUGCAUAUAUACCAGUUCAAAACCACUUAAACACAAGACUGUGAAUCUUGGGACUGGCUAUUUUGUGUAGUUAAAAAAAAAAAAAAUGUUAGAUCAGUUUCUUUUCAUAAAACAGUCUAAGACAGUCUUUUCAUAAAACUUUUUUUAGAUUGCAGUAUUACAGUGUAUUCAUAAGAAAGGUUUACAUGCAGAAUAUUCUAUUGACCAAGAGGCCUUGUCUUUGUAUUUGUCAGAAGAUAUUUGCACAGAAGUUUUGUAUGGCAAAAUAUUAUUAAAUAAUUCAAUGUUUUUGUCAUA